AUGGCUAACCCGCCUAACAUGGCUAACCCACCUCCUCCAAACGAGCACGACUCCGACGAGGAUGUCGAGUUCGAGGACGUGCCCUUCCAACAAGCUCAGCCUCAAGCAUUCUCUACAAAUGGCUCAGAUCUGCCAUCAGAACAUGCCGGCCCCGUAUCUACCAAUAUGCCAUGGGUCCCCCUACUCCGCAUCCCGCCUCAGCGUGAGACACCCUUGGCCUCGGGCUCGAAUGGAGAGCUCCAACUCCGCGGCCGUCUUAGCACGGCAAUCGACCGAAUCAAUUUCCGCCAAAUGAAAGCCCAGAUGGGCAUGGACACGACAAUUACCCAGCCAGGUCAAACCCGGUACACCUGCAUCCAGCAACUGGCAGAUGAUAUCGAGGGAACGGCUGAUAUGCUGUGGGAAUCAGCGACUCCCUCAAUCCAAGUCGAAGGCCUAAUCACUCUAGCCGGCAUCCUAGAACGAUCCCUAGCAACAUACCCCUUCGACCCAGAACCAACCCUAACAAUCCUCAACAAAUUAGACUACUUCUUCGUCGCACUGAUGCAGGGUGAACACCCACUCUCACACACCCCUCUACCCGGCGCAAACCCGGACCACCCCUUCGUCACACAGACGCAGAGAGUGCGGAUUCGCAGCAUCGCCGAGACUACCCGCAGCAACCUUUUCGGUAUGAUUCCUGAGCCUCCGGAGGAUGAGGGCGGUUAUGAGGGUUAUGAUGACUGGGAGGAGCCGGAGAUGCCGCCGUGGAUGAUGCAGGCGACGCGUGUUUAUGAGCGUGUUUUGAUGCUUCUGGGCGAUCAGGGAGAUCCUAAUGAGACGGGGGGGUUUGAGGAGUUUGAGUAA